AUGCCCAUAACCUUCUCCAGGGAAAAUCACUUGGUGCACCUCCCGAACCCCGGGUCUUACCCGCUGCUGGUGUGCCCCACCAUAGACAAAGUCCUCCUCUCCAAAGUGCUGAUCGAUGGUGGUAGCAGCCUCAACAUCAGCUUCACCGAGACCCUGAAGUGCAUGGACUUCAACUUCGAGCGACUCCUUCCCUACGAAGACCCGUUAUACAACAUAGUAGCCGGCAAAGGAUCCUAUCCUAUCGGGAGAGUCAUCCUGCCGGUCAUGUUCGGCACCCCUGACAACUACCGCACCGAGCAUCUCACCUUCGAGGUUGCCAACUUCAGGACCUCCUACCAUGCCAUCUUUGGCAGGCCAAUGCUGGCGAGGUUCAUGGCGAUUCCCAACCAUACCUACCUCAUCCUGAAGAUGCCAGCUCCAAAUGACAUCAUCUCCGUUUGCGGUGUCAUUAAAACAUCCUACAAGUGCAACACAAAAGUCAUGCAGCUCGUCGAGACCUUGGAGUACUCGGCCAACACCACCAUGAUGCUCGCCGAGUCCAAGAAGGUGGACCAGAACCAGCUGAAGAUCCCAGAGCUAGACCCAAUGCCCAUGGCGCUGCAGCUCGACCCGCAAAUCAAGAAGAUCAGUCUUUGCCUGGAAGACCCCUCCAAGACGGCCUUCAUCGGGGCCAGCCUUACCCUCAAAUAG